AUUUGAUCAAUAUCUAAACUUUAUCACUUUGGAGGAUGACAUGUUUGUGUUGUGCAACCAGAACAAGGAACUUAUUUCAUAUCAUGCAAUCAAUAGACCUGAUAUCACUGAUAAUGAAAUGGAAAACAUUAUGGACACCCUGGUGGAUAGCCUCUUCUGCUUCUUUGUUACAAUGGGUGCUGUUCCAAUUAUACGAUGUCCUCGUGGAAAUGCAGCUGACAUGGUAGCAGUGAAAUUGGACAAGAAGCUACGAGAAAACCUGCGAGAUGCCAGAAACAGUCUCUUCACGGGAGAUGGCCUUGGUGGAGGACAAUUCAGUUUCCAAAGACCGUUAUUGAUACUUGUAGACAGAAAUAUAGAUUUGGCAACUCCAUUACAUCAUACGUGGACAUAUCAAGCUUUGGUUCAUGAUGUUCUGGAUUUCCAUUUGAAUAGGGUAAACCUGGAAGAAACCCCUGGACAAGAAAAUUCUCCUGCAGGGGCUAGACCAAAGAAAAAAAAUAAAAAAACCUACGAUUUGACAGCUGCCGAUAAUUUUUGGCAAAGGCACAAAGGCAGUCCUUUUCCGGAAGUAGCUGAAUCUGUGCAACAAGAACUGGAUUCCUACAGGACACAAGAAGAUGAAGUCAAGCAUUUAAAGAGUAUCAUGGGGCUGGAGGGAGAGGAUGAUGGUGCUAUUAGCAUGCUUUCUGAUAAUACCGCCAAACUCACAUCAGCAGUCAGCUCUCUCCCCGAACUGCUACAGAAAAAAAGACUCAUUGAUCUUCAUACAAAUGUGGCAACAGCUGUUUUGGAACACAUUAAGGCUCGGAAGUUGGAUGUUUAUUUCGAAUAUGAAGAAAAAUUGAUGAGCAAGUCCACAUUAGACAAGUCCUUACUGGAUAUAAUCUCUGAUCCUGACGGAGGUACCCCUGAAGAUAAAAUGAGGCUGUUUAUCGUUUACUACAUCAGUUCACCGCAGCCACCUUCGGAGGUUGACCUAGAGCAAUACAAAAAAGCACUGUCUGAUAUCGGGUGCAAUCUGGCUCCUUUGAAUUACAUCAAACGAUGGAAAGCAUUUACCAAAAUGGCAUCAGCUCCUACUAACUUUGGAGGCAGUGGACCGAAAUCAAUAAGCCUGCUUUCACGUGUAAUGAACACUGGAUCACAGUUUGUAAUGGAAGGCGUGAAGAAUUUAGUAUUAAAGCAACAAAAUCUACCAGUGACUCGGAUUUUGGACAACCUCAUAGAGAUGAAAUCACAUCCUGAAACAGACGACUACAGAUAUUUUGAUCCAAAAAUGCUUCGUGGCAGUGAGAGCUCUGUUCCAAGAAACAAAAAUCCAUUCCAAGAGAGGUCAUCAGGCGAACAAGCUCGUAGGAAUUACUGUGUCAGACACUGUAAGAAAGCUUAA